AGUAGAUGAAUAUUCUAUUUUUUCCAAGUAAAGUAGAUUAAAAUCAAGUAGAUGGAUAUAUAUUCCAUUUGACUAUAACAACAAACCUUUCUUUUUUAUCCUAAUUUUCAACCUAAAACCUUGGAGCCCAAGCAAAAAAAAUAAAAUAACACAAAUCACUAAACAUAUACAUAUACAUACAUAAUGUGUGCGUGUGUAUAUAUAUGAGCCUACCAGUUUAGAAAGAAGAACACACUUGCCCACAUAAAUGGAAGAUGUAAAGCUACUAGGAGCAUGGCCUAGUGUGUACAGUUACAGAGUGAUAUGGGCUCUAAAAUUAAAGGGAGUGAAAUAUGAAUAUGUAGAAGAAGAUGUUUGUAACAAGAGUGAGUCUCUUCUGAAAUAUAAUCCAGUACACAAGAAAAUAACAGUGCUUGUCCACAAGGGCAAGCCCAUUGCAGAGUCCACUAUUAUUCUGGAGUACAUUGAAGAGACAUGGCCUCAGAAUCCCCUUCUUCCUCAACACCCCUAUGAGAAGGCCUUGGCAAGGUUCUGGAUCAAGUUUGGAAAGGACAAGAGCCCAGCAUUCUAUGCUCUGUUUCGAACAGUCGGAGAAGAACAAGUGAAGGCAACAAAUGAAGCCAAAGAAGUGCUGAAGAUUAUGGAAGAGCGGGCCCUGGGAGAGAAGAAGUUCUUCGGCGGCAAUGGGAUCGGAAUGUCUGACCUAGCCUUCGGAUGGAUAGCCGGCUGGCUCGAUGCCAUGGGAGAAGCAGAUGGUGUAAAUCUGUUCGAAACCGGUAGUUUUCCGCGCUUACAGGCUUGGAUUAAGAGGUUUAAGGAAGCCCCUGUGAUCAAAGACAACCUUCCUGAUCGCGAUGGAAUGUUGGCAUAUUUCAAAGGCCUAAGGGAAAUGUUUACUGCACCAGAAACACCAUAGACACCAGCAUUGGAUUGUGUAGCAUUUUGUUCUCUGUAUAUAUAUACAUUUUAUAGAAGUCUAUGAAUGGAAGAAGCAUAAUGUAUACA